CAUUUUCACACAAUCUCAUUGAAAAUAAACAAAUACAUUAGCAUGAAAACACUUAAGAAAUAUUUCAUUGUAACUCUUUUUGUUAUUCUUGUUGCCUGUGAUAUAUCUUUGGCAAGAACAAAGAAUAGUGAGAAUGAGAAGAUUACUUACAUAGUACAUGUUUCCAAACCGAGAAUGCCAACAAUCUUCAAUCACCAUUCAAUAUGGUACCAAUCAAUUCUUAAGUCGAUAUCUAACUCAGCAGAAAUGCUCUACACCUAUGAUAAUGCAAUUCAUGGUUUUUCGGCGAGUUUGACAAUUGAAGAAGUCCAGUUACUAAAGAGCCAAACCGGGGUUCUAAAGGUGACAAUGGAUAAAAAUUACAAACUUCUCACAACUCGAACCCCAAAGUUCCUUGGGCUCGAUAAAAUUGCUAAUAUGUUCCCCACGACAACCAUCAGUAGUGAUGUAAUUGUGGGACUCUUAGACACAGGUGUAUGGCCAGAGAGCAAGAGCUUCGACGAUACUGGAUAUGGGCCAAUCCCGAGCAGUUGGAAAGGCAAAUGUGAAACUGGUACCAAUUUUAAUACCUCAAAUUGUAAUAAGAAAUUGAUUGGUGCCAGGUUCUAUUCAAAGGGCGUGAAGGCCUCUAUGGUUUCGAUCGAUGAAACCAAAGAGUCUCUAUCGCCACGAGACGAUGAUGGCCAUGGAACCCACACAGCGAGCACAGCUGCAGGAUCUCCUGUGGAAAAUGCAAGUCUUUUCGGCUAUGCCAACGGAACUGCACGUGGUAUGGCAAUCGGUGCUAGAGUUGCUGUUUAUAAAGUUUGCUGGAAAGACACCUGUAGCGUUUCUGAUAUACUAGCUGCAAUGGAUCAGGCCAUUGCUGAUCAAGUCAAUAUUCUUUCCUUGUCUCUUGGAGGUGAAGCAAUUGAUUACAUAGAAGACAACAUCGCAAUCGGAGCCUUUGCAGCAAUGGAGCAUGGCAUUCUAGUCUCUUGCGCCGCAGGAAAUUCUGGUCCUACUUCUUUGAGUGUCACCAAUGUAGCACCAUGGAUUACUACUGUUGGAGCUGGCACACUCGAUCGAGAUUUCCCUGCAUACGUCAAUCUGGGAAAUGGAAAAAAUUACUCAGGUGUGUCGCUUUAUAAAGGAAGUUCUUUGCCUCAUACUGUGCCAUUCAUAUAUGCAGGAAAUGCAAGUAGUGAUGAAGGAGGAGGUCAAGGGCUAUGUUUUCCAUACAGCUUGGCACCAGAAAAAGUAGCAGGAAAAAUCGUGUUGUGUGAUCGUGGAGAAAUUUCUAGGGCACAGAAAGGAAACACAGUGAAAUCUGCUGGUGGUUUGGGUAUGGUGUUGGCCAAUGUUGGUACUGGAGAGGAACCAACUGCAGAUGUCCAUGUUUUGCCAGCAAUUUCUGUGGGAUUCACAGUUGGAGAAGCGAUCAAGAAAUACUUGUUUUCUAAUCCAAAACCGACAGGUACAAUUGUGGUUCAGGGCACAAAAAUCGGGAUUGAGCCGUCACCUGUUGUUGCACAAUUCAGUUCACGAGGCCCCAAUUCUAUAAACCCACAAAUAUUGAAGCCUGAUUUGAUUGCACCGGGUGUAAGUAUCUUAGCAGCUUAUACUAGGAAUAAGAGUCCCACUAGUUUGGAUUCAGAUCCUAGACGCGUUGAUUUCAACAUUAUCUCAGGCACAUCCAUGGCAUGCCCUCACGUGAGUGGACUAGCGGCUUUGAUCAAGUCGGUUCAUCCAGACUGGAGCCCAGCCGCCAUUCGAUCUGCAUUGAUGACAACUGCUUAUACAAAUUACAAGAACGGUAUGACAUUAUUGGAUAGUGCUAACAAUAAGCCAGCAACGCCAUUUGAUUUUGGGGCUGGACACGUCGAUCCUGUUCUUGCGUUAAAUCCUGGCCUUGUCUAUGAUUUAACAGUGGAUGACUAUUUGUACUUCCUUUGUGCAUUGAACUAUACAGCUGAUGAUAUUGAAACUAUGGCAAGAAGAAAGUAUACAUGUGACCCAAAGAAAAAUUACAGCUUAACAAAUCUUAAUUAUCCUUCCUUUGGUGUGGUCUUUGAGAUUGGGAAUGGUGUAAAGGAGAUUAAACACAUGCGAACUCUUACCAAUGUGGGUGCUGCAGGAACUUACAAGGUAUCAAUUAAGUCAGAUGCCCCGUCUGUCAAGAUCUCAGUUGAACCAAAAGUGAUAAGUUUCAAAAAAAAUGAGAAAAAAUCAUACAUAAUUACAUUUACCACAUCAAGUUCAAAAAGUGCUCAAAGUUUUGGAAGUUUGGAAUGGUCUAAUGGCAAAACUAUUGUUAGAAGUCCUAUUGCAUUUAGUUGGAAUUUACGGCGAAAAGUCCAAGAAUGAUUAAGUUGUAUGAUUAUAUAAUAAAUAAUAUAUUAGAAUUUAAAAUUUAUGCAUAUGGAGUUUAAUUAAAAA